AAAACAAUUUUGUUUACAGUUAUAAAUAUUUUUUCUGAAGUGUAUAAACAAAUGGCUUGCGAAAUAUUUAAUGCCUUCGAAGGUUGCAUUGAGGAGUUGGCGAAUCAACGACCGUCACUACACGACCUGGACACAGAGUUACUUCCGGUUAAUGCACCAAAAUCUAAAUCGCUGAUUGAAAUUUCUGGCGUAGCCGAGGCGGGGAAAAGUAAGCUGUUGUGGCGUUUAAUGGCGCAUUGUCUAGCGCCAACUUACUUUGGCGGACGUAAUUGUGAUUUAAUAUUUAUCGAUAUGCGUCAUAAAUUCGAUCUUGAACAUUUCAAAAAACAAAUUUUCCAUUUGGUUGCCUCAUCCGGCGAACCGUGCACCGAUGGUGAAUUAAAUAUGAUGCUGGAAAAAUGCUUAGAUUCGAUACAUUUGUUAAACUGCUACACCCCGAAACAUUUCGAUGCGGCAUUGGAAAUAGCUGAUGGUUUGCUGCUAAAACAUUCUGAUUGCGCAAUGAUAGCAAUUGAUGGUUUGGACGCAUUCUAUUGGCUGGACACGUAUGAACAUCGAAUACGUAUGCAGACCCACUACGCUCGUAAUGUGGAACGUGUCCGUCAAUUAUGCGAACGCCAUGGCAUAUGUUGUGCCUACACUGUUGAUGCCAAUUACUUGGGAGCAAAAAAAACCUUUGGUCCACCACCAUUUGCAUCAAGUGUCAAUGUUGAAUACAGACUACAGUUACAGCUGGGUAAGAAUGGUGAGCGUACACUUAAUGGAAAGCCGGCAGAAAUUAUAGAGGAUGUGUUGCAUAUUGUGAAACAGCAGUAGCAAGUCAUUUCAGAGUAAAUGAAUGAUUGAUUAAGACGAAAAAAUUCUACUGAUCUUAAAGCUAACGUUUACUCGAUUUUGGCGCCUGAACAUGGUCUUGUUGUAUGCGAACUUGACACUCCAAGCCACGAAAUCAAUGACGAUCUCCUUUAACAGUUUUACAAAGGAGUACCGCCUAAACCUAAAUUUCUGGACUGGACUGGGGCAAGGUGUCAGAAAACCGUCAUAAAAACAGCGUCGAAAACUUACUAAUAUCGCCCGUACACCGUCCAGGAGCAUAAGGUAUACUUUGCAAAUGAUAUCUGCUGCGAUGCUAUCUUGGCGAUUAUCUCAUCACACGUUGAAUUGAAGCAGAACCGCUCGUUAGGUACAUUAUAAUGGAUGUACUUGAUUAUACGGACUCUAUACAGUCUUAACUCUUUUCUGUAAAUGGCAACAAGGAAAUCCAAGCAGCGGACUGAGCACAAACUGUCUCUGGAGACCCAAGUAAUCUACUCAUUCAAAAAUCAAGUCUUCCUUUUUGUAAUUAUUUUUUUUAGUUUUUAAUUUAUUUGGUAUAUGUUAUUAUAAAAUAAAACAGUCUUAUUUAAAAAACUAAUUUAUCAAUGACAAUAUUCAGAAGUGGAAUAAUAUAUGGAAACUAGACCUACAUUUUCUGACUAGAACUGGCACUGAUCCAUUCUCAUUUUUCUCAAUAUAUUAAUUUUACUUGUAUCUA